AUGCCUAAAUUCUGGCGCUCACAACAGCGGGACCAGCUUAAGCGUGAGAUCGAUACUUACACGCACCUCCCACUGCACCCCCGCCUCAUACGCAUGCUCAGCUACAACAAAGACGGCGACGAUACCUCGCUUACUCUAGAGUAUAUGCCUAAUGGAUCUCUCGCAGCAUACCUCAGGAAUAACGCGGCGACCGUGACGGCUGAACUCCGCGCUCGGUGGGCCCUCCAGGCAGCGCAAGGCGUGGCGAUGCUUCAUGCUCACAGCGUCAUCCACGCCGACCUGAAGCCAACAAAUAUGCUGCUAGACAAGGGCUUAGGGCUCCGCAUAGCGGACUUCUCGGGCUGCUCGCUCCUUGGGAAGCCACCCUAUAUCCUCGAGAGCGGUCCGUUCUAUAUGCCGGCGGACUGGAGGGAGCAUAGUGAGCUGCCCUGCAAUGUAACGACGGACAUAUUCGCCCUCGGAUCAUGCAUCUUCCAGAUCGCCACGGGGAAGAAGCCAUACGAGGGCCUGGAGGAUGACGAUAUAGAGAAGAAGUUUGCGAGUUGGGAGUUUCCGGGGUUGGAGGGCAUCCUGUUCGCAGAGGUCAUCCGCAAGUGCUGGUUUAGUGAGUUUGAGUCCGCCGAGGCGGUCCUACAGGCGUUGAGUAUGGAGGUGCGGGAUAUACUCGGAGAUUCCGAAUUUCCUUCAAAAGCGCUAGGAUGA